AUUCAUUCGCAUUCUCCACGAGGAAAAAGAAAGUUUAAAGAAUCAAAUCUCUGAUAGUUACAGUUAUGGCGACGGCCAAUAUACACGACGCUGUUGUUUCCGAUGACUUUGACUAUGAAAUCUGGGCUCCGGUCACGAAAACGACGCUAAUCGAGAAAGGACUUUGGGAUGUUGUCGAGAACGGAGUCCCGCCGGAUCCAUCGAAGAUUCCAGAGUUAGCGGCGAAGAUUCAACCCGAAGAGCUUUCGAAAUGGAGAGAUCUCGUGGUGAAAGACGCGAAAGCGCUUCAAAUCUUGCAAUCUUCUCUCACGGAUUAUGCUUUCAGGAAAACUCUCUCGGCUUCUUCGGCCAAAGAUGUCUGGGAUUUGCUUCGGAAAGGUAACGAACAAGCAACGCUACGUAGAUUAGAGAAGCAAUUCGAAGAACUUAAAAUGGUCGAGAAAGAAUCUGUCGAUUCCUACUUAGCUAGGGUUUUGGAAAUCGUUGAUCAGUUGCGUCCUUUGAAAAUUGAGAAAUCCGAUUACGAGAUUUGCAAGAAGGUGUUCACGUCACUCCGUCUAGAUUCAAUGUUGAAGGAACUCAUUGAUGUGCAUAAGAUGACUAGUAAGAGUCUUGUUGAGUUUUUUUAUUCUCAUGGAUAUGAAUCAGUGACAGAGGAAGAUAUCUUUGGACUCUUGAAGGAUUUGAGGCUUAAAUCAAAGUCUGACAAGUGGUGUGGCUUUUGCUACAAGAACAAUCACAACCAAGAAGACUGCAACUUUAAGAGUCAGAUAGAUAAGGAGGAAGAAGAAGAAAGCGCAGUUGAUUAUCGUCUGAUGUUAUCAAAACGCUACUCAAUCAGAACAGGAAUGAGAGGCGAAUGCAUUGUCGAAACUCGGAAUGAUGAAGAAGUUGGGGAAAGUAUGUGGAUGUCGGAUGAGAACGAAUUGGCUUUGCGUUUGAAGGUGAUUGAAGUUAGGGCUAUGGCGGCGGCGAAGAUAUACGACGCCAUUGUUUCCGAUGACCUGAACUACGAAAUCUGGGCUCCAAUCGCGAAAACUACACUAACGGAGAAAGGACUUUGGGAUGUUGUUGAAAUUGGAGUCCCGCCUAAUCCAUCGAAGAUUCCCGAGUUAGCAGCGACGAUUCAAGCCGAAGAGUUUUCAAAAUGGAGAGACCUCGUGGUGAAAGACAUGAAAGCGCUCCAGAUUUUGCAAUCUUCUCUCACGGAUUCCGUUUUCAGGAAGACUCUCUCGGCUGCUUCUUCCAAAGACCUUUGGGAUUCGCUCGAGAAAGGUAACAAUGAACAAGCGAAGCUACGUAGGUUAGAAAAGCAAUUCGAAGAACUUAGUAUGAAUGAAGGAGAACCGAUCAAUCCCUACUUAGAUAGGGUUAUAGAGAUAGUUGAACAGUUGCGCCGUUUCCAAAUUGCAAAAUCUGAUUAUCAAGUUAUCGAAAAGGUGUUGGCCACGCUCUCAGGGUCAUAUGAUGGUGUAGGUCCAGUGUUGGGGGAUCUCAUGGAUCUGAAGAAUAUGAGUCUUAAGAGUUUUGUCGAGUUUUUUUAUACUUAUGAUUCGAUAACAGAUGAAUCUAUCCAUCUAAUGUUGAAGGCUAAUAGGCUUAGAUCGAUGGGUGAGGAGUACAACCAAGAAGACUGUUCUUCUUCUAUCCCUAGGGCUGGGAAGUCCAGUGGAGCCAGGCAAUCUAAGCCAAAAAAAGGCAAAUGCUUUCAAUGUGGAGAACGAGGGCAUAAAGCCAAAGAUUGCAACAAAAAGAUUCAGCAACCAGCGGAGACGACGAGAGAUGCUCAGAUUGAGAUAGUUGAGGAAGCAGAAAUCGAAGUUGAUUAUCUACUGUUAGCAGCGUUGAAUUUGAAUGAUUUCACAUAUGAUGAGAAUAUGUGGAUGAUAUACGGCCAUGCCACGAAUCACAUGACUCCAUAUGAGAAGCUUUUCACCACUCUAGACAGAACAUACAAAGCUAAGAAAGAAAGCGUUCAGGCGAGUGAUUUAUCCAUUAGUUUAUCCAUUCGCUUUCUCCAAGAGAUCCUGAUAGUUACGGCUAUGGCGGCGGCGAAUAAACAACAAGACGGUGUUUCCGAUGACCUGAACUACGAAAUUUGGGCUCGAAUCGCGAAAACUACACUAACGGAGAAAGGACUUUGGGAUGUUGUCGAGAACGGAGUACCGCCAGAUCCGUCGAAGAUUCCAGAGUUAGCGGCGAAGAUUCAAGCCGAAGAAGUUUCGAAAUGGAGAGAUCUCGCGGUGAAAGACAUGAAAGCGCUCCAGAUCUUGCAAUCUUCUCUCACUGACUCAGCUUUCAGGAAGACUCUCUCGGCUUCUUCGGCCAAGGAUCUUUGGGAUUUGCUCGAAAAAGGUAACAAUGAACAAGCUAAGCUACGUAGGUUAGAGAAGCAAUUCGAAGAACUUACUAUGGAUGAAGCAGAACCGACAAAUUCCUACUUAGAUAAAGUCAUAGAAAUCGCUGAACAGUUGCGUCGUUUGAAAAAUGGGAAAUCUGAUUAUGAGGUUGUCACCAAGGUGUUAGGCUCGCUCUCUGAGUCGCAUGAGGAUUUAGCUACGCUAUUAGAGGAGCGCUCGGAUCUGAAGAAAAUGACUCUUAAGAGUCUUGCUGUGGUUUUUAACAGAUAUGAAUCACUAAAGAGAGAGAGUCAAAGCAGGAAUCCGAAUGAAUUACCAGUGUAUGAAAUGAAUUCAUUCACUCUUGCACAUGAGACAUUUGAUGAGGAUAUGUGGACGUUAUCCAGCGGUACCACGAAUCACAUGACUCCAUAUCUGAAGUUUUUCACCACUCUAGACAGAACACACAGGGCUCGGGUGAAAUUGAUCAACGGAUCGUUUAUCAUGGCAGAAGGUCGAGGAGAUGUCAAGAUCCUGACGAAAGAAGGGAAGAAGAAGACGAUCAAGAAUGUGCUUUUCGUUCCUGAUCUCUACAGAAACGUGUUGAGUCUUGGUCAGCUGGGACAAUUAGGCUACAUGAUGAUAACUAGUGGAAACAAAUGCAUUCUUAAGGGUGAGAAGACUGGGAAAGUAUUUGGGGAAACCGUGACGGAUGGGAGAGGUUAUUUUAUGCGUUAUCAGGUGAUUGAAGUUACGGCUAUGGCGGCGAAUCUCCAAGACGGUGUUUCCGAUGACUUUGACUACGAACAUUGGUCUCCAAUGGUGAAAACUAGACUGAUGGAGAAUGGAGUUUGGGAUGUUGUUCAAAAUGGAGUCUCGCCAAAUCCAACGAAGAUUCCAGAGUUAGCGGCGACUAUCAAAGCCGUAGAUCUAGCACAAUGGAGAAAUCGUGUGAGGAAAGACAACAAAGCGCUUGAGAUAAUGCAAUCUUCUCUCCCAGAUUCGGUUUUCAGGAAGACUAUCUCGGUUGCUUCGUCGAAGGAACUUUGGGAUUUGCUCAAAAAAGGUAACGAUAACGAAGAAGCUAAGCUACGUAGAUUAGAGAAGCAAUUCGAAAACCUUAUGAUGUAUGAAGGAGAACCAAUGAAGUUGUACUUGGAAAGAGUCGAGGAAAUCAUUGAACGGUUCUUUGUUUUGGGAAAUCGGAUAUCGGAUGAUAAGGUUAUCACGAAGAUGUUAACUUCGCUGCCACGGUCAUAUGAUGAUUCUAUUCCUGUGUUGAAGGAAUUCAUGACUUUGCCUGAUCUGACUCAUCGCGAUCUUCUUAAGGUUUUUGAAAUGUUUGGAUCAAAUCCUAAAACUAUGCCUCAGGAGUUGAUGAAGUUCAUUAUAAUUCUUAGAAAACGCUGGUCUGAGGAGAUGUGGUGUAGUGCGUGCGAGACGUACAAUCAUAACCAAGAAGACUGUUAUUACAACCCUAGGGUAGUGUACUUGGGUGGAGGCAGAGGCCAAUGCUUUCAAUGUGGAGAAAGAGGGCAUUAUGCUAGAGACUGUGACAACAUAAGGACGGCGACACAUGGUAAGAUAGAUCGGAAGAAGGAAGUCAAAGAUGAUUUUACAUAUGAUGAGGAUAUGUGGAUGCUAUACACCACCACUGAGAAUCACAUGAGUCCGUAUGAGAAGUUUUUCACAUCUUUGGACAGAACAUACAGAGCUGGGGUUCAAUUAGCCAACGGGAAUGUUGUCAUGGUAGAAGGGAUAGGAGAUGUCAAGUUCAUGAUGAAGGGAGUGAAGAUGACAAUCAAGGAUGUGCUUUUCGUUCCUUGGAUCAACAAAAACAUUUUGAGUUUUAGUCGGAUGAAAAAAAGAGGCUAUUCAAUGGAAGUGGAUGACGGUGAAUGGAUCAUUCGGGAUGGGACUGGGAAAAUAUUUUUUAAAACCUUGCGGGAAGAGAGAGGCAUUGCUCUGCGUUUGCAGAUGAUUGAAAGGUAUUCUCUUUGAAUAAAUUUGGUAGUAGACUUACUCUUUAGGUGGCUCUUUUAUGUGGUUUCAGUUUGGAUUUAUUCGUCUAAGAAAGCUAAUUCACAUAUUCUGCUAGUGCAAUAUGAAUUAGUCCUGGUCUUUUAUUGGUUUUAAUCUAGUUUUUUGGAAACUAUUUUGUAUCACUUUGCAUUUCUUUUGUCAACUUUUGCUAAUGGUUAAACAACUUAACAAUGAAAGGAUUUGCUCUGA